UCUUUAUAUCAUUUGUUGAUGGAUUUAAAAAAUUCAUUCUGCCGUUUACCAAAUUCAAUUUAUUUGUCUGAUUAUUUAUUUACCUGUUCGUUUUUUGUUUUUUGUUUUCAUCAUUUUUGAUCACCUUGCUAAAGAGAGAGGUUUCUGGCGAAAUAACGUUAUUUUUGCGAUUGAAAAACUCUUAUCCGUAUAAUUUUCGUAAACUGUUGCACUUGAGGUUGACAAAGGCUGACUCUUCUCCCUUGCAACAUGCGUGGCAACGAAAGGCAAUGAACCGCGAGAAAAAGAUGGUCGUCAUCUUCUUCAUUUUGCCCGCUAGGAGUCAAGUCCUCGCCGGAAGCUGUACAUCAUCUCACCAUGAAUGAUAGCCAUCCAGACAAACAUCUCAGCAGUGCAGCGUCCAUCUGUUUAACAGUGUGGUUUUCCUUGUCAAGCUUUGUAGCUGUAACUGGAAACGCAAUCGUGUUGUGGCUGUUCUUCAAAAACGAGUCUUUACGAACAAUUUCCAACUGCUUUUUAGCUUCACUGUCCGUUGCAGACUUUUCAGUUGGGAUUUUUGUAGACCCUAUGUGGCUCGCUACCAGAUGUUGGAUUCGGCCGCCGCUUCACUCCUUGUUGAUGGAAGUUAUAAAAGUAUUGUGGAUUCACACAUCUGCCGCCACUACUUUCAACAUUUGCUGUGUUUCUGUCGACCGGUUUAUUGCCAUUCGGUUUCCUUUCCGUUAUCAGGACAUAGUAACCAAGAAAAGAUGUUAUGCGGUCAUCAUUUUGGUUUGGUUUAGUUCACUGGGGCUUUCUUUUUUAACAUUUUUCCUAGAUAGUUCAAAAAAAGCGAUGAUAUUUUAUUUAACAUGCAUUAUCUAUACUACAUCAUUAUUUGUUGUCUCUUUUUGCUAUGUUAGUAUUUUCAAGGCUGCCAGAAAACAGUUCAAACGAAUAAUCGCCUUGGAAAAUCCCCGAAAAUGCGACGAAAAUAUUAGAGUUCUUGCUGUGCACAAUUUUAAAGCUAUCAAAACAGUAGGUUUUGUUUUGGGUGCUUGUAUAUUCACGUGGAUGCCCAGUUUAGUUCUGAUUAUAGUGGGCUGUUAUCACCUCCUAACAAAAGACGAGAGUGAAAUGCUUGAAUUGUUUCUUGUUGCAUGGCCCUGGGUUGACGCAAUCGCUUUUACAUCGUCAGCGAUUAACCCACUGAUAUAUUUUUUCCGAAAUGGCGACUUUCGUCGAGCCUGUCGUCGUGCGUUCCAAUGGCUUCCCUGUCUUCAUUCGGAUAUCUCACCAGAAAUUGGUUUUACAUCGGAAAGAAACCAAAAUGACCGAAUAACACGAAAUGGUGAGACGAAUGGCAACUUGGCAAGUCAAGAAAAAAGGGAAUGAAGGAAAUUCAAACGGAACAGUGCUCCACUUAAUUAGAAACCUGGUCGACCUAUAUAAACAUAACGGAACAUCUACACACGUUCAUGUUUUCAGAAUUCUCAUUUUCUGUAAAUAAAAAAAAGA